CUCACCCAGCAAGCUUUCCUCGAGCGCGUCGACUUCGCCAAGGCUGAGAUCCGCACUCUGAGCUCAAACAUCCAAGAAAUUGCAUCGCUGCACCAACGUGCAUUGUCGUCCCCCGACCCGAGCUCCUCCGCCCAGCUCGAGAAUCUCGUUGCUCAAACACAGCUGAAGAACACCCAGAUUCGAGAUCAGAUCAAGUACCUGGAAUUGGAUGCUGCCAAGACCCAGGAUGGGACGAAGGGUAUCAAGGCUAGGCAGGCCAAGCAGUUGAAGACGGAGUUCGAGAAGGCUUUGGAUGACUACCGGCAGGAGGAAGUUGCGUACAGACAACGCUACCGGGAGCAAAUUGCGAGGCAGUACCGAAUCGUCAACCCCGAGGCAACAGAGGAGGAGGUCAAUGAGGCCGCGGAGAUGGACUGGGGCUCCGAAGGUGUCUUCCAGACUGCCCUCAGGACCAAUCGAACCGGACAGGCCGCUUCAGUUCUCGGAGCUGUCCGCGCUCGUCACAAUGAGCUCCAGCGUAUUGAGGCCACUCUUACCGAGCUCGCAGCGAUGUUCGCCGAUAUGGCUCAAAUCGUGGAAGCACAAGAGCCAGUAGUCGAGCAUACUGAACAGAACGCCAUCAAGGCCGCCGAAGAUGUGGAAAAAGCCAACGUCGAAAUCGCAAAAGCGAGCGAGCAUGCCAGACGUCGGAACAGACUAAAAUGGUACUGCUUGUUGGUCGUUGUUCUUAUCGUUCUGGCUAUUGCUCUUGGUGUUGGAUUGGGUGUCGGUCUGUCGCGUUCCGGUAGCAACAACAAAAGUUAA